CUGGCCAAAGCAAAAUGGCGACAAAGUAGAAGAAGAAGCACCUGCAGAAAUUUAGAUACGAAUUUAUUGUUUUCCUCCGCGAAUUGUUAUUGCAAUUACAGUGCACUAAUUACGAGUCGUGCACUUGUCCGCCGUUGCACCUGUCGAACUGAUAAUCGCGAAAGUGAAAAGUGCCCAGCAACUGCGGCGUGUAGCUAGAGGGAGAGAGGAGCGGAAAAACAAGGAGGAGCUAGCCGAGAAGGCAGCAACAAAGAAGCCCGACUCACACACACACACACACACCCAUAUACUGAUAAAGGCACGGACACGGAGAGGGACUGCAGCUGCGGGCUCAUACAAGUGAGAAACUUCGAUCGCGAGAGAGACUGCGACUGUGACUGCGACUACGGCCAAUCGAAAACAAACGCCAAAUGACGGAAUACAAACUGGUCGUGGUUGGUGCCGGCGGCGUGGGCAAAUCGGCACUGACCAUCCAGCUAAUCCAGAACCAUUUCGUGGACGAGUACGACCCCACAAUCGAGGACUCCUACCGCAAGCAAGUGGUUAUAGAUGGGGAGACUUGCCUACUGGAUAUCCUGGACACCGCCGGCCAAGAGGAGUAUUCCGCCAUGCGGGAUCAGUACAUGCGCACCGGUGAGGGCUUCUUGCUGGUCUUUGCCGUGAACAGUGCAAAGUCUUUCGAGGACAUCGGCACCUACCGCGAGCAGAUCAAGCGGGUUAAGGACGCAGAGGAGGUGCCCAUGGUGCUAGUGGGCAACAAAUGUGAUCUGGCCUCGUGGAACGUAAACAACGAGCAGGCAAGAGAGGUGGCCAAACAAUACGGCAUUCCAUACAUUGAGACAUCCGCGAAGACGCGCAUGGGCGUGGACGAUGCAUUUUACACACUGGUGCGCGAGAUCCGCAAAGACAAGGACAACAAGGGACGGAGGGGCCGCAAAAUGAACAAGCCGAAUCGUAGAUUUAAAUGUAAAAUGCUGUAAACGGCCUUGCAUUGGUUUUAUUAACUUUUUAUUUCCUCAAAUGUCGCCUGUUUGUCUGUAUGUGUGGCGGCGGAUCGGAUCGCGGAUCGUGAAUCGUCUCGGGAUCGAAAUGUUCGCCCAUUUUGGACUCUCUGCUCCACGCACACUUACGAAGCGAACUCACACACACACACACACGAGCACACAGAUGUGGGAGAGUGUUAGUCGGUGCAAUUGUCAGAUAAAAAGAAAGAAAUUGUAAUUAAUUUAAGUAACUAGAGUUUUAUGUACGUCGAAAUGAUUUUGUGAAUGUGUGUGUUUUGUGUCGUUUGAAAGGUUGCGUGGCGCCCUUUUAAGAGUAUUAACAAUAACAAACAAACAAAAACGAACGAAGCAAAUCGAAAAUUAAUAUGUACCUCUACAUAUAAACUAUGAAUACUGUUGUAACUGCCUUGGUUCAGCUGCUAUAACCAUUUGUUUUCAAACCAGCCCUAAACUCAAUCCAUUGUUUGUACUUUGCAAGAUAAUCCGUGCUUAAACCCGAGAUAAACGAAUGUAAACAGAUAAAUAUUCAUCCCGAGCCUCCUUAUCACCACCAUUGGUUGGUUCUAAGCUACAACUUGUAACGAGUCGUCGUCGGCUCGUUCUCUUCCUGCACACACGCACGCACGAGCAGAAUUCCAUUAGUACUCAUCAUAGAAAAGAACAAACAAUUCAACCGAUAAGCUCACCGCGAUUGUCGCACAAAAAAAUCUGAUUUAGUGGUGCUAAGAUGCAGAAAUUGUAGUUCGCAUGAGUUUUUGAGGUAGGCCUUUCUUUCAACUUACCAUACUGACAGAUCAGAGAGAAAACAAGCAGCCAAUUAAAUUUACAUUAUAUAGUUUGCUUUAAGCUUUUUAUACAUACAUACAUACAUUUAAUAUUUAAUUUUUUGUAUUAAUUUUUGCCAUACAAAAAGGAACGAAAUAAAUCGAUUGUGUGUACUAUUUA